AUGUCAAAACACCAUCUUCUGUGGGUGAACUCCCGCAUCACAAAUUCCUCCGAAUUUCCCGAGCCCAAAUUCCUGGAAUGGUACGAUAAAGAACAUAUCCCCGACAUCUUCAUCACAAAACAAGUCUCGUCAGCAGUUCGGUACUCCAAUAUCAACCCAUCUGAUACCCAUCCGUAUCUGGUUCUCUACCCAGUCAAAGAUAUCAACUUCCUGGGAAGUAAACAAUACUUCGACAUCCCGGUCACGAGCGAGAAAUAUAUAAGUGGUGGAAAAAAGUGUUUUGAUGUUGCCGAAUUCGAUACUAGAUGGUAUGAAUUUGUGGAUGACUUCCAGAAGCAGGGCACCAAAUCUGGACCAGCAAAACUCGUCAUCUCAGCCGGUCUAACACCAGCCGAAGGAACCGAUGAAGAUUUCAAUGCUUGGUACCGUGAUGAGCAUUACCGCACUCUUUCUGAAUGCACAGGUUACGUUCGUACUCGUCGGUAUAAACUCAAGAAUGCGGUCAAUGCAAAGAAUCUCGAGAAACCGAGGGAGCCACAAAAGUACUUAGCGCUGCAUGAGUUUGAUGUUGAUACUUUGCCGCAAGAUGAGUUGCAGAAGACUGCUGAGACGGAAUGGGCGAAGAAGGUUAUGGGUAGUUUGCAGGGGAGUGAGGUUAUGGUUUUUAGGCUUGAGAAGGAACUUGCUGAUAUGAAGGCGAAUAUCUGA